AUGAAAAAAUAUAUUACUAGUGAUGAUAUGAGAUUAAAAAGUGCUGCGUAAUGUAAAUUUCAAGAGUUCAUGAGUAUAAAACCAGUUUAAAUUACAACUACAAGAUUAUAAACUGGAACAACAUCAUCUAGAAAUAUGGAAGAUUUUACAAGGCCAUAAUUAUCAGAACCUAAAUUUCUAGGAAUUUUGAGAAGAGCUAGUUCUUAAUUCAGUGUUGAUAAACCAAUUGAUGAAGCUCAUUAAUCUUAAAAUUAGUCGUUAAAGGCUAUUAGUUCAGAAAGAACGUAAAAAGUGUGACUAUUACAAAAGUACAAUGAGGGCCUCAUAAAAAAUUGUAGUAACUUCUGAAAAUCUAUAAACUUAAGAAAUCAAAAAGAGAAUGAAAUUUGAUCCUUCGAUAAGAUAAUAAGUUAGCAUAUUGAAGAUUAAGAUAUUGAAAAAUCUACCUUUAAAAAAGUUUCUUCUCUUUUUAGUUGGUAAAGAAAAAAUUUUAUUUGAUCUCUUAAGAUUAAAAUAUAUGCCAUAAGCUAUUGAAAUUAUGUAAAGUAUAAUUGAGAAAGCUAUUGGAACAAAGAAUAUAAUUGUUUUUAUAGAGAUUUUACAGUUUAUUGCAGAGACUCUUGAAAACUCUAAUUAAAUUGAUUUAGCAAUACAUUUUUAUAAUUAAAUACGAAUCGGAUGUACUUAUUCAAAAUAAACACUUGAUCUAUAUAAAAUGAAAUCUUUAGUUGGUUUAGCAAGUUGUUGCAUGGAAUUUUAAUGUUAUGAAUAUGGAGUUAAAUUUUUAAAAAAGUGUUUAUAAUAUGCUUGGAUUAAUAAUAAUUAAGAAUUUGAAAACAUAGUCUAUUAAAAAUUGGGAAUUUUUUAUUUCUAUUUAGGUAAUAUAGAAAAAGUAAAAAAUCAUUAUAUAUUUCUAGGCUACUUUUUAUCAUGAAAGAUCUCUUAAUUAUGAUUAUGAAUUAGAUAAUUCUCCUUUAAAACAAUUAAGUUGUGAUACACUUAGGAAUUAUCUUAAUAAGAAUUUUUCUAAAAAUAUAGCAGAAAACAUUAAUAAUCUUUUUUUAAGCAAACUUAGUCUAAAAUUUCAUGUUGAUAUUCUUUAAUUUUCAGAAGAUCUUAUUAAAGGUAUUGAAAUAACUCCCUCACCAAGAAUAUUUUUAGCAUCUUAAGAUGGAUCAAGAAGAUUGUCUGUUUCAACUGAAUUUAGAGAAUUAGCGAAUUUAAAAAUAAAUGGAUAAAAUUUAUUAUCUUAGAUUUUAAAUUAAUAAGAAUUUGAUUUUGAAGUUUAUACACCUAAACAUUCAUGUAAAAUAAAUUAUUAUGAUAGUCAGAAAUGAAAGUUCUUGUUUCAAUUUCCUUAAAAAUAAAAAAAUACAUCCAUAAGAAGUUUUUCAUGAUCCUAAAUACAAUAAUAAUCCAUUUGUAUUGAAUGAUUUAGGUGUUGAACCUAAUAAAAAUUAACUAAAUUUUGCUGAAUAUCUAAGCAAGUAUAAAUUAUCACUUCAAAAAAAAGUUGAUUUAAGAUUAUAAUAAAAAUUUGACAUUAACAUUGAAUAAAAAUUAUAAUAUGUAGUAAGUAGCAAUUACAAAACAUUUUAAAGAAAAAAUAAAAUUUUGGUAAUGUUUUUUUUGUAUUGAAGUUAACUCACAAAAAUUAAGAAAACUCAAAAAAAAAGAAACCCUUAGAUGAGAUGAAAAAGUUUAAUAAUAUUAGCACACUUUAUCAGUAACUAAUUAAUAAAUUGCUUAGUGUAUAAUGA